AACUCUUAGAAAUUUUCUACCCUAAAAACCUUGAACUCUGUAAAUAACUCACCAAGGCUUAAUCUUCAAAUCCGCCGCCCAACUCCGAACACCUCCAUAUUCCAUCGUUAUUGAGGUGAGAAUGGCUGGAAAAGAAGGACAUGCAAUCGGAAUUGAUCUCGGAACAAAGUAUUCAUGUGUGGGAGUUUGGAAGCAUGAUAACAAUGAUGUAGAAAUCAUAGUGAACGACCAGGGCAGCAGGACCACGCCAUCAUGUGUUGCCUUCACUGAUACUGAGCUUCUGGUAGGAGAAGCAGCGUUUAAUCAGGUCAUGAGAAACCCCGAAAACUCCAUAUUUGAUGCGAAGCGAUUGAUUGGAAGGAAAUUCAGUGAUACGACUGUUCAAAGUGACAAGAAGCUCUGGCCAUUCAAGGUGGUUGAAGGUCCUGAUGAUAAGCCUAUGAUUUUGGUCACGCACAAAGGCAAAGAGAAACAGUGUGCUCCUGAAGAGAUCUCGUCCAUGGUUCUUGCAAAAAUGCGGGAGAUUGCUGAAACCUAUCUUGGAUCAACUGUGAAGAAUGCAGUGAUCACGGUCCCUGCUUACUUUAAUAACUCACAGCGUGAGGCAACUAAGAAAGCUGGUAUCACUGCAGGGCUAAAUGUGCUGCGUAUCAUUAAUGAACCUACUGCAGCAGCCAUUGCUUAUGGCCUGGAUAAGAAGGCUGGCUGGUACAGCAAGAGAAAUGUACUCAUAUUUGAUUUGGGUGGGGGUACUUUGGAUGUGUCACUACUUACAAUAGGUGAUGGUGUCUUUGAAGUGAAAGCCACUGCCGGAGAUACUCACCUUGGUGGUGAGGACUUUGAUAACAAAAUGGUGAAUUACUGUGUUGAGGAAUUCAAGAGGAAGCACAAUUUGGAUGUCAGUGGAAACAUCAGAACUCUUAGGAGGUUAAGAAAUGCAUGUGAAAAAGCAAAGAGGAGACUUUCGUUUACAACUACAACUGACAUUGAAAUUGAAUGUUUGCAUCAGGGUAUUGAUUUUUAUGUGACUUUUACUCGUGCCAAAUUUGAACAUCUCAACCUUGAUUUCUUCAAUAAGUGUAUGGAGCCUGUGGAGAAGUGUUUGGAGGAUGCUAAAAUGGAUGUAGGUAGUGUGCAUGAUGUUGUUCUUGCUGGUGGCUCGUCUAGAAUUCCCAAGGUGCAAGAACUGCUACAGAAUGUUUUCAAGGGGAAGGAGCUUUGCAAGAGCAUAAAUCCUGAUGAGGCAAUAGCGAAUGGUGCAGCUGUUCAAGCUGCAGUAGUUUUGACAGGUAGGAACUUACAUGGGAAACUUCAGGAUUUCACUCUCUUGGAUGUCACCCCUCUCUCGAUUGGAACGGUUAUUGCUGAUACUAGUGACCCUCACAACUUCAAGCGAUAUAUGGAUCCGGUGAUUCCGAGAAACUCUCCCAUUCCCAUCAAGAAGAAAAAGAUAUAUGCCACUGUUUAUGACAACCAAAAAUCAGUUGGCUUCCCUAUAUAUGAGGGUGAGAGUAGCAUACCCACACAAAAUAACCUUUUAGGUGAAUUUUCACUUGAUGACAUUCCUCCAGUUCCUAAAGGUCAAGCUAAAUUUGAGGUUUUCUUUGAUAUUGAUGCAAAUGGUAUCUUGAGUGUCUCUGCUGAGGACAUGUCCACAGGCCGAAAGAAGGGGAUUACAAUCAACAGUGACAGAAGUACUUGAAGGCAUUGAGAAUGCGAGACCUGUUGAUGGAUGCUCCAUCAUUGGCUUGGUGAUGAGUCUCUUUCGUUAACUCCAGUUAUGUUUAUUCGAGGGUAUUGUCCUCUUUUUUGCAUAUACUCUACUUCAGAUAUUAAAAUCUACUGCAUUUU